AUGGACCCAGCAUCUGAUCUGUUUUUGGCCUGCACUACUUUUGAUGCGGUCCAGGCAACGCUUAACCUUAAAUUCACACCGCACCCUAUUCCAAAAGCUGCGAAAUCGAUGCCCAGACCGACGACAUCAGUCCUCCUUGAAGGGAACUCAAGCACGGUGACGAAGCGCCUCUUUGUCUUCACUGAUGGCUCCGGGUCGGCAAAGCCGUACAUGAACCGUUCAAAAGUCCCAUCCAAUGCGGUUAUCCACGACUUGGGCUACCCAUACAUGAAGCAACCCGAGAACCUAAACGCCAGCCUUCAAGAGCUCACUGCUCUGUAUGUGUCAGAGAUCCGGAGACGGCAACCGACAGGACCCUACAACUUCAGAGGUUAA